AUGAACAUAGGCGACAGUUUCCGCGGUUUACUGUUUUCAUUAAUUUGUUACAAUCUAAGACUAAAGACUGAGAGUGUGAUGCUACAUGGCCAAAUUGAACUGUUAAUAGUUUUCCCUGUGAAUUUUUAAGACAACAGUUUUUCCAUAGUUAGAAUUAACCAAUUGUAGCAAUUAGAAUAUAUAGAAAAUAAAAUAUGAGUGUGUACGGUGUAAUUGGGUAAAUUCCACCGCCGCAACCCAGAACGAACACCACUUUUCAGUUGGUAGGGAAUUGGAAAUUAUAAGAUUAGUUUAAAAGCAAAAAAAAAUGGAUCCAAAUCAAGGGAGUUUUGCAUCAUAUGGCACUGGCUUGACUCCUCAGCCUAUGCAGUCUAUUCAGAGUCCAAUGAUGUCACCAGCAAUGAGUAAUUUUAGUAUUGGUUCUACUCCAAAUCCAGUGAUGCCUCCAUCAAACACAGCUAGUUUGUAUCCACCAACUCCUAAUCCAGGAGGGCCAAUGACGCCGAUAUCUCCAGCUACCCCAGCAUCAGAGGGCAUGGGAACUAUGCCUUUAAAACCUCAACUUCAAAACAUUGUGUGUACUGUAAAUCUGGGCUGUAAACUUGAUUUGAAAAAGAUAGCUUUACAUGCAAGAAAUGCAGAGUACAAUCCAAAACGAUUUGCAGCUGUAAUUAUGAGAAUAAGAGAUCCUAGGACUACAGCUUUAAUUUUUAGCUCUGGAAAGAUGGUGUGUACAGGUGCUAAAAGUGAAGAUCAGGCAAAAUUAGCAGCCAGAAAGUAUGCAAGAAUAGUACAGAAACUUGGAUUUGCUGCAAAAUUUCUUGACUUUAAAAUCCAGAAUAUGGUUGGAAGCUGUGAUGUGAAGUUUCCGAUAAGAUUGGAAGGUUUAGUAUUGACACAUGGACAGUUCUCAAGUUAUGAACCAGAAUUGUUUCCAGGGUUAAUUUACAGAAUGGUCAAGCCAAGAAUUGUAUUGUUAAUAUUUGUCUCAGGAAAAGUUGUGCUCACAGGUGCAAAAGUCAGAGAAGAAAUCUAUGAAGCAUUUGACAAUAUAUAUCCUAUUUUGAAAGGUUUUAAGAAACAAUAGCAUAGAUUUAUAAUCAGCAUUGUAAAUAUUGUAUAUAAAAAAAGUGCUCCAUUCAUGUGUGAAUGUGUGAGAUUGGAAACCAUGGAUAAUUUAAAUCAUUGUCUGAAAACUCAUCUGAACUUUGUCAUACUAAGAGUGUUACUUUGAUAAUGAUGACAAAUUUGUAGAUUUAUAAGAGAAAAAUGUCAUCUUUUCUGACAACAUUUCAUUCAGCACGAUGAUACAAUGUUGCCAAUAAGCUAAUUAUAUAGAACAAUCUUAUGAAUAAUGUGUAUUAUUGAAUUAUUAUUUUGAAAAAGAAUAAUAAAAUACCUACUGGCAUGACUGAUAUAGAAUUGCAUGGUAACACUUAAUAAAAGAAUUGUGUUGAAGUGUUUCACAUGAAAAAAUUCAUGUUAGUUAUUUAAACUAACAAGUAUCUCCUUGAGUCUAUAUAAUAUAUAUAUGAGUAAUACCACCAUUGUUUUUCCCCAAUGAGUCUUUGUUAAAUUGGCAUUUUUAAAAAAAUUGUUCAAAAUUUAUCUUUGUUUCAAAUAAAGAAAUACUUGGCAUGAGUAAAGUUUUAUCCUGUCCAAUACUACAGUCAAAAUUUCAUAUAACAUUUCAUUGCAUAUUAGAUAAUAAUCACUGGAAGUUAACCAAUCAUAUUUUCACCCCUUUUUUUCCUGUAUAAAAGCUUUAGUAACCAUGUCACCUCAAGUUUCCAAGUAUAAUGUUAGAUGACAUCUACAACGAUUUGAGCAAGAUUUCUUCGAAAAGUCCAAAUCACGCUGCAUCAUGAUAGAAUAUGGUGUGGAUUACUAAAUGAUCAAAUAUUCAUCUCAUUUGCAUAAAUACAGUGGGAUAUGAUACAAAAGAUGACUCUUAGAAGAUAAACACCACUUAUGUACCUCUUUGUCUUCAUUAAAAGGUCCCUUUUGGUCCAUUUAUACCUUUCAUUCCCUCAAAAUUUGAACUUUUUAGGCUAAUAAAUCAAACUUUUGGGGUAAUUAUCACACAUUUAUGUAAGGAAAGUGAUAAUGAAUGAAUACCGGUAAUUGAAGUGUUCAAGCUGAAUGAACUAUAUAUAUUAAAGUUUACUGACUCCAUGGAAAGGUUUCAAAAAGUCCUAACGUGAAACUUAAGUUUAAGCCUCAUUCCAGAGAUGGACAUAUAAUAGUUCCCUUUUAGUAAAUAAUUUGUUGUUACUGUUUCAAAAAUCAUUUCAUUUACUUAUUACUGUAUAUUUCUUAAAGAAGUUCUUAGGAAAAACUUUUCUUGUAUAGCUAAAUAUGGGAAAUAUGGAGAAACAUUGAGCAUGACUGGUACAGCCUACAUAUAUUCAUUGCAAAGCCCUAUUUCAAGGCAAUUUUCCAUCAAAUGUGUUUUUGAGACUCAAUCCACUCAGAAUAUUUCAUUUUUGCAAUAUUUCAUUGAAGUAGCAUGACAUUUUAAAAAAUGAAAGAACAUACAAGGUUAAAGGGCCAACCCCUGGUAAAAUCAGUAUAAAUUCAAGCCCCCGUGAAUGAUUUCUUAAUUAUUGGUGUGAAUUUAAAAUAACUGUUGUACAAUCAGUGGCAAUUUGGGAUCAAAAUUGUUGGUUGUCAUGAUUGCCACAAUCUUUAUAUUUAAUGGUUGCUAUAUUUUAUAUAUAAUGACAAUAAUAUGUUAGUUUGAUAUUACAUUUUUAAAAUAUCAUAUGAUUUAAAAAGAAUAUGAAAUGAAAAGAAAUAGUUUUGCAGAUUUAGUGACCCACAUUAAGCUCAUUUUAUCUACUGAAAAACAUUUGUCUUUAUAAAGAAUGCAUAUAAAUUUGAAAUAUCCAUUUCUUUUUGUCCACCACAAUACACUUAAUGGAAGACAUGAUUAUGGUUUGAAAUUAUUCACACAACUCUUCCAAUUUUUCCAUCAAUGAUUUCUAUUACUUUGAUUCAUAAAGAUGGCAAACAUUUAUAAAAAAAAAGUGCAUUUGAACUUUGCUGUUACAUUCCUUUACACGAAAAAAGGACUUCCUUAUUCUAAUAUUUGUAGAUGGAACACAAUGACUAUUGGACAUAUUCUUGCAUGUUUUGGAUGAAUAUACAUAAUAAUGAAAACUAUUUUAAGUGUUAAAGUAAUAAUUUGGUAAUCAUGGUUACAAUAAUACAUUUUAAACUGUCAUUAUGAUGGAAGAUUUCAUAUCCAAGUCCUGUUUUAAUGAAGUAGUGAGCCUGAUAACUAAGUGUUCAGUCCUUCCAACCUUUCAAAAAAACGAAAAGUCAUUCUUUGAAAUUGCUUCAUAAGAAUAUAUUCUAUUACACUGCACUUGACACAUGCCAACAAUCUUUUUUCAUGAAUGGGCAAACAUUUUUCAACAGAGAAUCAGUUUGAAGAAAUGAAUUCAGACUACAACAUGGAAAACAUUUUGGCCAAUUAGUGUUGUCAAAAGGAAUAUGCACUGUAAAAUUUCAUCUAUGGUUUCACAAUGAUUAUGAUUUUGAUCAGUACUGGUAAGCAAUCUAAAUUUUGAUUAGAUUGUUUAUUUUUAAUACCCACUUUUCCGAGGUUUUGCAUUCAACAUAUUAAUUUUGGUGAUUUAUAGAAUGUCAUGAUCUGAUGUUGAUUUUAUUUAUUACUUUUCUGAAGUUUAUUGUAACUGUUAAAUAGUUAAUAUAGAAAUGCAUGGCAGACAUAGUUUCACUUAUUUAUACAUUACAGAAGUAUUGCAUUCAUAACAUUUACUGAAUUGUUGAUAUUGUAAUAAUGAUAAGCUGUGAAAUUUAUUUUCAAUGAACAUAUGACUGUCAUAUAAAUAUUAUGAACCUAAAUUGUAAAGAUAUGUCAUAACAUCCAUUUUUAAUUAUGUUGCAAUAAAAACUAUUUUGUGUAAA